GCAGAGUUGAGUUCGAAACUCUUCUACGAACCGAUAAUUUUUUAUUUUUUAAAUUAUUACAGCAUUUUUAUCAACUACUCGGGAUUUCUACAAUCUCUAGAGCUAAAGUUGUUUCUUAGUCUGAUAGCAUUAAACUUGUAUUGUACACGACGAACGGUCGACGUUUGGAAACAAGUUGUUACUGGGUUGAAUAAUUAUGCAAUUUUGAAGGAAGUGGUCGUUUGGUUGCAGCAGUGACAGUGACACAGAUUCUAGUACAAACAACUUUUGUUGGUAUGGCAAGAGCUGAGAGCCGGAUUUCCAGUGGGGGUGGAGUAAACCAAAACAAUUCUUAGAGUCUUACAUUUCUUUCUUACUGAGGUACAAAUACUCUUGUAGUCAUUUCUACAUCACGCAAAACUACUGGACUUAAAACAGAAACCUUCAAAAAUCUGUGUUUGAACAGCAACUAUCCUUGCAUUAUAAACGUUGCAAUGCGUAUCAAUAUGGCAUCAACAUUAGUUCCAUUACUCAAAUCAAAAGUGGACGAGCUAUUUUUAAAAUGGUUAUCAACAGAUGAAACCCAGAGAUGUCUUCAAGAAGAUUUAAGUCGUAUAUUACAUGGUGUAUCCCCUGCUGUUUUUGAAACUCCUGUCAUUUCAACUGUUGUAAGUGCUAGACCAGCUUCUCCGCCAGCACCGCCAAGUGCAACAUUAACUGCACGAUCACCAAGAAGUCCUAAACCAGUGCGAAAGUUGAACAAAUGUCAUAAUAAACCAAAUGAUUCUCCAUUAGCAAGUUUGGAUGUUAAUGAUGGAUCUACUGCAGCCAUCCCUCACUUCUAUUUUCCAAAAGGCACUCCAUCUCUCAGUGCUAAACAAAUGGAUGAAAAGGCUGCACAGCUAGUUGAAAAUAUUUUUAAAAUUAAUCAAAGGAUACCUAUGAAAGAGUUUUCCUCUGUUACUAAGGCAUGUAAAUUUCCUCUAUAUUGGCGAAGUAUCCUGUUUAAUUGCUGUGGUGGACAGAAGACAGGUUAUGUUACCCAUCAAAACUUCUCAGCAGUUUGGAAAAGGUUAACUCAAUCGUGUCACGAUGAAGCAUCAAGGUUUAUGUAUCUUAUGACAUGCAAUAGAAGAGAUUAUCUUAUUUCAGAAGAUUUUAUUCCGCUUGUACAGGAUGUUGUAGAUAACCAUGGCGGCUUAGCAUUUCUAGCGGAUGCGCCAGAAUUUCAUUCUCGCUAUAUCAAGACGGUUAUAGCAAGAAUAUUUUUUUCCGUCAAUAGCUCUUGGUCUGGGAAAAUUACUCUAUCUGAAUUGCGAAAUAGUAACUUUUUGAAGAUAUUAUCAUAUUUAGAGGAUGAAGAGGAUAUUAAUUUGAUUGUAGACUAUUUUUCGUAUGAACAUUUCUACGUGAUCUACUGUAAAUUCUGGGAAUUAGAUUCUGAUCAUGAUUUGUUGAUCGAUGAAAAAGAACUUUUAAAACAUGGAAACCAUGCAAUAUCUUCCAAAGUUGUUAACCGCAUAUUUUCCGGGUGUGUCACAAAAUGCCCUUCAAAUAAUGGCAAAAUGACGUACGAAGAAUUUGUUUGGUUUCUAAUGGCUGAAGAAGAUAAACAUCAACCAAGAAGCAUUGAAUAUUGGUUUCGGUGUAUGGAUCUCGAUGGUGAUGGAAUCAUAUCUCUAUAUGAACUGGAGUAUUUUUAUGAAGAUCAAGUAGCGAAGAUGGAGGCCCUGGGAAUUGAAGCAAUGUCUUUUGAAGACUGCAUAUGCUCAGUUCUUGAUUUAGUUAAGCCUAAAGAAGAAGGAAAAGUUAGUUUGGGAGAUCUCAAGCGCUGUGGACUUGCUCAUAUCUUUUUUAAUACAUUUUUGAAUCUGGAUAAAUACGUUGAAUAUGAACAAAGAGAUCCAUUCGCUUCUUUAAAGUCUGAUCCAGAGGAACGUGUGCCAUCGGAUUGGGAAAAGUUUUGUCUGGAGGAAUACGGAUUAUUAAUAGCAGAGGAGGGCGCAAGUGAUGACGGAAAAUAUGAUGAUUUAUUGGAUUUGGACGAUGAUGACGUACAUGCAUCUAGUACGGAUGAUAUUUACGAAGGUCUUCGAAACUGGCAAUACAGAUGAUUCAUGAUUCAUAUAUGAAAAUUACCCGUAUUUUCUUGUACAGUAAAAAAAUGUACAUAUUAGAUCUUAGAUUAAUGCAAUUAACAUAUUUAGCGUGUGGAUUAUAACGAUCGGGAGGCUCCUUGAGGAAUUUCGCUCCAAAAAUCAAAAUAUUGUAGUCAUUAUAUAGAAUAGUUUCUAAAUGUCUGUGAAAUUAUACUUUUGUACUUUCAUCUAUCUCCCAAUAGACUGCAAAAACAAGAGUUAUAAACCACACUAAACACUUUAUUUCAUAGUAGCCUAUGAUAGUAUCACUUCGUUGAAGAUAUUAAACAUGCAGACUACAUAUAAGGUUGAUAUUUGGUGACUUUUUGUGAAAGAGUGUGUAUAUAUAGUAGUAUUUAGUAUAUAUAUGUAUAAAAGUAAUAAACGUCCAAACGUGGAUAUGUACAUAAAGAAGGCG